AUGUUAAUUCGAAAAGGUUUAUUUUUAGUGCUAUUUGUUACAAUUUUAACCAUAGUAUCCCUAUGUGCUUUGUUAACGUCAAGAUAUGUAGAGAUAUACGAACAUCCUUUAAAUUAUUUUGAAAAAAUUUCAAAUAACCCUGAGGAAUCUUCAAUUAAUUUUGAAAGCUCUAAUGAAUUAACCAAUAAUCUUGAUGUUUCAAUAUCAAAUGUAAAUAAAGAGCAUUAUCUAACGAACGAAGACUCGAUAAUGGAGAUGGUCACUGAUGCAAAUGGAAAUCCUAAAAAAUAUUUAAAUGCUUAUUAUUAUGUUGAAUACUUAAAAAUACUUCGUGAACAACAUAAUCUAAUGCUUUAUGAUAUUAUUGAUAAAGCUGAUUUGGCUGUUGCCAACACCAGCGUCUAUUCUGUUACAUUAAAAACUCAAUUCGCCCCAUCUAACGAUCCACAUGAUUAUAUGUCUUUGGCUCGCUAUUUUUGGCCAAAUCCUAAAACCAAUGAUGGGAUGCCAUAUAUUAGAAAAGAUGGUUAUUCUAAUCCUGAGAUUUUGACUGUACAAGAUUAUAUUCUUUUAAGAAAAUUAAUGGCAGAAAUUCAGUAUUUAGGAUUGGGAUAUUUUUUUACAAAAAAUGAAACAUACGUUAAAAAAGCAAUAUAUAGAUUAAAUGAGUGGUUUGUGGACCCAAAGACAAUGAUGAAUCCAAAUUUGAAUUAUGGAAGCCUUAUUAAAGGUUCUAAACUCGGAAGGAGAACUGGUAUUUUGGAUUUUCAUCCCAUUUAUAGAAUUACUCAAUCUAUUCCAUUAAUGAGGUCUUCAGAGUUUUGGGAUCAUAAUAUCGAAUUACAAUUCAAAAAAUGGCUUACAAUAUAUUAUGAUUGGUUCGAAAAAUCAAACCAUGGUCGUGCAGAACAUGACGCAAAAAAUAAUCAUGGUACAUUUUAUGACGUUCAAGCAAUUUAUAUUCUCGAAUAUAUUGGUAAAGUAAACGAAGCGGAGAGUUUUGCUAAGAAAGCAAUAAAAAAUAGAGUUAAUACAGGUAUACUUGCUAAUGGACAACAACUCCAUGAAACUUCUCGUCCCACAAGUUGGUUUUAUUCGACAUUUAAUCUGCAAGCAUUGUUCUUGCUGGCUGAAAGAGCUACGUAUUUAGGAUUUGAUGGAUGGAACUAUAGAGGAAAAAAUAAUCAAAGCAUAAAAACCGCCGUAGACUAUUUGUUACCGUUUGCAUUAAAUGGAGGUGAAGGAUGGGAAUUUAAAAAUAUUGGUGGAUUUAAAAUGAAUAUGUAUGUAAGGAUUUUGGAAUUAAGUUGGAUUAUUUGGGGUGAUGAUAAGUAUCUCGAUGCUAUCGAGAUUCUAAGACCAAAAUCAAAAGCAGAGCAAGCUUCGAGCGAUAAAGAAGUAUGGGAAGAAAAUUCUCUCU